AGAGGGAGAGGAAGGACCGCAUUGCACCUGUGUUAAACAAAACAAGUAGAAAAAUGACAUCUGGUGAAUAUGGCCACUCCUCCAUAUAAACCAGUUUUCAGCGCCCUCUGUUGUCAACUCGCUAGACCAUAAAUGAUAGUUACCUGUUGAAUAUACAAACACAAUAGUGCUUUUAUCAUGCAAAUGUAAGCACAGAAUGUGGGUCAGUGAAUAUAUAGGUUGGCAGGACAUAGUUUGAUGUAGGAAUGUUGAAAUGGAGGAGGAUGGAGUUCUAGUCAAGUCAAGAUGGUGAAAUAGGAUAGUAUUUUUCUUCAAGUAAGGUAUUUCUAGGACUUUGAAAGACGGCUGCUUCUGUGACUGUAUAAGGACUGUAGAAAGUUGCCCCAUAAAUGAGAAUAAGUAAAUAAUAAACUUCCAUAGUUGACCAUGUCUAAAUCCUUGGACAAGAUUCGGAAUCGCCUAGCUGCAGAAGGCUAUAAGAAUAUCAAAGAUGAAGAUGCAGAAAAGGUACCCAUUGAUUCAGAAAGUGGAAGUGAAGAUGAAGAAGAACCUUUGAAUGAAGAGAAAGAAUCGAAAUGGAGCAAGACAGAGAAGCAGCUGGGUGCUCUGCUGGUGAUAGCAAUGGCUGUGAUAGUGGUGCUCAUUAUCCUUGUGGUCCUGAUGCAUUUCCAGAGUAUACAACAGAAUGUUGGAUGUUUAACUCCAUCUUGUGUGAAAGCAAGCGGUUCCAUGCUGAAGGACAUGAAUCUCACAAUUAAUCCCUGUGAUGACUUUUAUGAAUACACUUGUGGAAAUUGGGUAAAAAACAGAAUAAUUCCACCAGACAAACCCAAAUGGACAUCAUUUGCAGAAGUGUAUGACAAGAACUCGGCCUUCCUGAAAAUGGUUUUGUCAGAACCAGGUAAUCUUCUUAGAGGUGAAAACUCCACAGCUGUGAAAAAAGCCAAGGAUUUGCUCACCUCUUGUAUGGAUACAUCUGCUAUUGAGGUUGCUGGUGCUACUCCAUUGCUCAAGAUGAUUAAAGACCUGGGCUCUUGGCCCCUAACAUCUGAUCCAGUUUCUGGUAACUGGAGUCAAUCCAGCUGGAAUUUUAUGGACACACUUGUCAAGUCUCACCUGGAGCAGGGCUCUCCAUUCUUCAGCAUGGCUGUGAGCACUGACGACAAGAAUAGCUCUCUGAACAUAGUGCAGUUUGAACAGGCUGGACUGACAUUAGGUAGUCGUGAAGAGUAUAUUAGGAAUACUUCAGAAAAGUUCCAUAAAGCCUACGUACAGUUAGGUGCAACUACUUUGAAGCUUCUUGGAUCUGAAAAUGAAACGUUCAAUGCUGAGCAGAUGGAGAAUUUAUGGAAAUUUGAGACUAAAAUUGCGAAGAGCUUUUUACCAAAGGAGAACAUGACUGAUCCUAAGUCACUAUACCACAAGAUGACAGUGGGUGAACUGAUGGCCAGCAUGGGGAACACUAUUGAUUUAACAGUGUACAUGAGCAGGAUGUUCAACACCAGUAUCUCGGCAUCCGAAAGUGUUUUAGUUAGUACACCAGACUACAUGAAAAAGAUGGCAGAGAUUGUCAAGCAGUCUGAUCAUGCUAUACUUGCCAGCUAUAUGGUAUGGCAGACCAUUCAGGAGCUGCUGAGCUCUGCUUCUUUAGCAUUUAGACAGGCACUGCUGAUUAUAAAUAAGGUAGAAAAGGGUGUCUCCAGUGAGCCACCAAGAUGGAAAAACUGUGUUUCUAAAGUGGACAGUUCUGUUGGAUUUGCCACGGGAGCUUUGUUCGUAGAAAAGAAAUUCUCCAAAGAGCAAAAAAAUCAGGUGGAAACCAUACUGAAAUAUAUCCGCGAUGCUUUCACCGAUAAUCUCCCUAAGGUGAGCUGGAUGGACAAGGACACCCAAGCCAAAGCACUGGAUAAAGCUCAGGCUGUAGUACAGCAGAUAGGAUAUCCGGAGUGGAUCACUAUUCCCAAAGAACUCGACAAAUAUUACCAGAAUUUGACUGUGACCUCAUCACUGUUUGAUAAUACAUUAGCUUUGAGAAGAUUUUACAAAAGGAAAAACCUUGAUAAGAGAGGAAAGCCACCAGACAGAUAUGAAUGGCACAUGACUCCAGCAGUAGUGAAUGCUUACUAUACAUCAGUGUACAACUACAUUGCCUUCCCAGCAGGCAUUUUACAGUCUCCAUUCUAUGAUAGUGAAUUCCCUAUGGCUUACAGUUUUGGGGCAGCAGGGAUGGUAAUGGGUCAUGAGUUGACACAUGCUUUUGAUAGCUCAGGUCGUAACUAUGACAAGUAUGGUAACAUGCACCAGUGGUGGAACAAUGCCUCCAUUAAAGCAUUCAAGAAGAGAACUAAAUGUAUGGUGGAUCAGUACAGCCAGUACACCAUCAGGGGGCAUAAGGUAAAUGGUCUUACUACUCUUGGAGAGAAUAUAGCUGAUAAUGGUGGCAUUAAGAUGGCCUAUCUGGCCUAUCAGGCAUGGAGCAGACAGCAUGCCAGGGAGCAGGGACUUGUUGGUCUGAAUGCCACAAAUAACCAACUGCUCUUCAUGGGAUUUGGAAAGAUAUGGUGCUCCUACUACACACCAGAAUAUGCAGUGCAAGCUUUGAUAACUGAUGAACAUGGACCUCCAAAAUACAGAGUGAAUGGUGCCUUGUCAAACCUGCACGAGUUUUCAGAAACUUUCUCCUGUCCCUUGGGAAGCAAGAUGAACCCAGUUCACAAGUGCAGUGUAUGGUAAUGGGAUGCCUGCCAACAUCAUACACUCUGCUCAGGAUCCCUGUCUACAUUUCACAAGUCUGCUCAAUUUUGAUUCCUGCUUUAAGAUCUGCUUUAAAUUGUCCUAAAAGGAAAAGUAUGUGUUCUGUUCUCAUAGAAGGUUAAAAAAGAACAGUUGUACAUAGUUGUUUAUGUUCUGAAGGAUGUUUUAGAUCUGCAAUUUAUUGUAUUUGUUUAUCUAUUAUUUUUGAGUGGUGGGGAGGAGAAAUUACCUUCAUUCAUGCCUUUAGAAUUUGAUAUAGCAUUAAAACAGCUGAAAUGGUAAAUAAGAUGAAUGAAUUAACUUGUUGGAGAAUUAAAAUGUGUUUAUAUUUAGUUAAAUAUAUUGUAGAAAAUAAGUAUGUAAAAAUACUGUAACAGGGUAAAUGAAAUAAUUGAAAAUGGUGAUAAAGGUGCAUAAUUUUAAGUUGAUAUUUUUAGAAUGGAAAUAUGUUAUAUGUAUAAAGGACAACAUGCCUUUAAGUCAUGAAAUAUCCUGAAAUGUUGUUCAGUGCAUUUUUGUCAAGUACAAUAACAACUUGUGAUGUUGACUCAAAAUAUCAAACAGAAAUUUUGAACAGAAAUGCUACAACAGGAUUUCAGAUAAGAUACUCCACAAACAACAACAACAGUUUCUUUCUUUAAGUUAAAGAGUUUUUGGUAACAUUUGGUUAUUUUCGUGGUUUAUUAACAUUUACACAGAGAUAUGUUUUACAGAUAAAUAGCGAUUACAUCUCUUGAUUUGUGUCCAGACUCGCAGUAGAGAGAAUGCACAAAGCUACAUGACAAAAUUCAUAUCAGAUUCUACUGGUAUCUUUUUUUUUUUUUUUUUUUAUCUUAAAACAGUGUACCAGGCGGAAUACUGCAGUUAUAUUCAGGUUAAAACUACCCUGCUUUUUAAGUGUCAUUAUAUUAUGUUUUUAUGUAAUUCAGUGAGAAAAUUUAAUAAAGGACAAUGUUACUCAGUACAUGACACAUACACUGUUUAGAACUGGCUAAAGAAAGGUGAGAUAACUGAAUUAAAGGGCAUUAAACAAAAUAAACCUUGAACAGCACAAACAAGUGCACUGUAUGAGUAAAUGAGAGGAAAUUAAUCCAACAACAUGACUUUUCAUCCUAUAUUUUAAGUAUAUUUAGCAGGGGUAUGGUGCAAUAUCGUCUUCCAUGCAGUCGUGGUUGCAGGAGGAGCAGCAAAUCCAAUGUCUUCCAGAUGUACAGAGGUGGGGGGAUGCAACCAUUUAACCAGAUACAAUUAUUGUUAUUAUUAUCACAAUUAGUUAGAGAAUUAGUUGUUUUUUUCCUUAUAGGAUAUGUUAUUUACAGAUUAUUUACAAUUUAACAUCUGAUGAUCAGCUGAGAAUGUUGCUCGAAUAUAAUGUUAGUUUUUACCGAUUUUUAUGUAAAGCUUUCUGUAUAUGAAGUAUUGACCUUUCUGUUAAUGAGCAUUUGGUGAAUUUGCGUUGCCUAUAAGAAGUUAUAAAGUUUAUUAGAUUUUCUCAGUGAAGGCAUUACUUGUUAUUUUGAUUUUCUGAUAAGUUUGGCAGAUAUCCUACAAUGAGGAUAGAUUACUGUAUGUUUGCGCUCAAAGUGACAUAUUCUCACAUACAGUGUACGUUGUAGACAUAAAUUUGUAGAGGACGUUCAAAAAUAAAAAUCGGUGAUAUGUA